AUGUGUGGAAUUCUACUAAGAGUUUCUAAAACUCUGUUUGCUCAGACAACGUGUUUUCCAGAACUAACCGAAGUCAAGGAAAAUAAUCUUCAGCUACUAGUUUGGGAGACUAAUGAUAACUCAACUAUAGAUAAAUUUUUGAAAGAAGGUUCAAAAUUAAAACCAUUAUCAAAACAACAACUACAUAAAUUAAACAACCUAGAUUUGCUAAGAGAUUUGAAUUCACAACUAUCAAAGUUGAGAAACAACGUCAAGAUUUCAGAAGUUGAGAAGUUCGAAAAAAUAAUACAGGUUCAAGAUCAAAUCAAUGAAAUCACAAAUGAGGAAGAAGAACCGAUCACCAAAAAUAACUUAGACGAACUAAUAUAUAAAAUAUCAAAUAGAGGACCAAACUACCUAAAUUAUACACAAUUCAAACACUCUGACCUAUACUUCCAAUCAUUUUCAGCUAUACUAUCAUUAAGACAACCAUUUACGAGACAACCAGUACUACGAGAUGAAUUCUUUUUACAAUUUAAUGGAGAACUAUAUAAUCUGGAAUGUAUGGAGACCAAUGAUACUCAAUUUAUUAUCGAUUUAUUGCAUUCAAACUUGGUGGAUAUUCAAGAUAGGAAAGUUGCAAUAUUGGAGACUUUGAAAACUUUAAGUGGGGAAUGGGCUAUCAUUUUAAUUGAUUUAGUUGAUGAUCAUAUUUAUUUUGGGAGAGAUUCUAUUGGGAAAAGGUCAUUGUGUUAUGACAUUAAUGACGAAGGGAUCACCAUCAGUUCAAAUUCUAGUUUGGGUUAUGUUGAGUGUAAAAAUUUAGUUUAUGAAUAUGAUAUAAAACAAGAAACUUUAGUCAAUCACCAAUUACAUGAUUUACCUGAGCCAACUUUUAAUGAAGUAGCUGAUGAACGAAAGCUAUUAAAAGACUUACACAAACGUUUAAAUGAAUCAACUAGAUUACGUUUUGAAUCAAUACAUCCAUUAGUUCACUCAAAAGAUGAAAGUUCAUUAUCUGUAUUGUUUAGUGGUGGAUUAGAUUGUACCAUAAUAGCAAGACUAAUAUGUGAAUUAGUCAAAGAUCAAGAUAAAAUUUCGAUAGAUUUAUUAACUGUUGGAUUUGAGAAUCCACGAACUAAUCAACAACCAGGCUCAAGCCCUGAUAGAAAAUUAGCAAUAAAGUCUUGGUUUCAUUUAUGUAAAAUGUUUCCUAAACUCAAGAUAAAUUUGGUGGAAGUGAAUGUUGAUUAUUCCAAUUGGUUAAUUCACAAGUCUAGAGUUAGGGAGUUGAUGUAUCCUUGUAAUACUGAAAUGGAUUUAUCUAUUGCUAUUGCUUUCUAUUUCGCUUCUUCAGUCAUACCUGAAUUGACUAGACUGAAGAGAUUAAAAGAUUAUUCAGUUGAAUGGGAAACUUUUGAGAAAGAUCAUUUAAAAUAUGUUGAUGUAACUGAGAAUUAUGUAUCAUCAGCAAAAGUUUUAUUUAGUGGAUUAGGAGCUGAUGAAUUGUUUGCAGGUUAUUCGCGUCAUGAAGGGAUAUUCAACUCCAUAUCAGAUACAAACUACCAGGAAUUGGCAGACUCGUUGAACUACGAUAUUCAGGUAAUUCAUGAACGAAAUUUGGGUAGAGAUGAUAGAGUCAUAAGUUGCUGGGGCAAAGAGCUUAGGUAUCCUUACUUAGAUGAUGAGUUUAUUCACUGGGUCACUAGUGAAAUUCCACCACAGUUGAAAUUUAAAUAUAAUUUUGCAAAAGAUAAAAAGGGAAAUGAUAGAAUUCAACCUGUUAGAAAAUAUAUUUUGAGAGAAUUAGCUAAAGAACUAGGUAUGGAAUGGGUAUCUAAUGAAUUGAAAAGAGCUAUACAAUUUGGUGCAAAGAGUGCAAAAUUAGAGAUUGGUCAGAAUAAGUCAAAAGGUACUGAUAAUUUAUAG